UAUUUUCCACAGGAAGCAAAAUUGAAAAUUCUGUUUUCUAAGCGAUGGAAACCAUCCAUGGCGUUGGGGAGUUUGAUGCGGCGUUGUCGAACAACCGUAACAUCCUCGCUGCGCACUUCAGAGCGGAAUGGGCCCCACAAUGUGCUCAAGUGGAAACCUCAUUACUGGAGUUGAGCAAGAACCCCGAUUUCAAGGACUUGCAGGUUGUAAACGUGGAAGCAGAAAGUGUGCCCCAGAUUUCACUCAAGUUUGGCAUCACGGCUGUUCCCACCGUAAUCAUUUUUCGUAAGCAGCUGGAAGUUGAUCGGGUGAACGGGGCAAAUCCUGCUGAACUCGUCAAUAAACUGAAAAAGCAGGUUGGCCGUUUGGCGAAUGAACGUCUUCAGACAACCCAAGCCGAUUUUGACGAUUUCGGAGAUACCGAUGGGGAGUCGUUAGAAGAUAGACUGAAGCGUCUUGUGAACGCCGCGCCCUGCAUGAUCUUUAUGAAAGGAUCACCUGAUGAAGCGAAGUGCGGGUUUAGCCGCACAUUAGUAUCCAUUUUGAAUAAUCAUCAGGCCGAUUAUAAGCAUUUUGACAUUUUAUCCGAUGAGGUCGUCCGACAAGAGCUGAAAAAAUUUUCCAAUUGGCCCACGUAUCCACAGGUUUAUGUGAAAGGAGAUCUUGUUGGAGGGUUAGAUAUCAUCAAAGAAAUGGAAGCCAGUGGAGAGCUGGAUUCCAUUCUGCCGAAAAAGCAAGAUCUUAACCAGCGGUUGUCAGCACUAACAAAAAGUCAUCCAGUGAUGAUAUUCAUGAAGGGUGAUCCUCGAACACCCCGAUGUGGAUUUAGCAAAACGUUGAUGGAAAUCAUGGCAGAAACAGGGGUUGCGUUCAAAACUUUCGACAUUCUCCAAGAUGAGGAUGUUCGGCAAGGAUUGAAGGUGUUCUCCAAAUGGCCAACGUUCCCUCAAGUUUACGUCAAUGGCGAAUUAAUCGGUGGUCUCGAUAUUGUGAAGGAAUUGAAAGCUUCUGGGGAUCUGAUCUCCACCUUGCAAGGGGCUUGAGAUUUUUUAUCUUCCUGACAAGGGCAUUGAACUCCCGACUUGUCGAGGAAUUGAGCUGUUGCACCAUUACAUUCGGGAAGCCUUGAACAUUUCUCAACGCCUGGAAGUUUCUGGACAUUUCGAUUUUGCUGGGGGUUAAUUCUCGAAUAAAGUCGCCAUUACGGAUUU